UAGGACAGCAAGAAGUUUAUUAAUAAAAUCAAGUACACUCCAAGACAUGGAGCGCGCUGACCCAAGAGAGGGAAGCAGCCUCUCCUUACAUUGUGUGAGAAUUUUUAUUUCUCUGGGUGGAAUUGUGUUCCCCUCUCCCUCUCCAGUAUCUCUCAUUCUCUUAGCUGGUGUGCCUCGUACUCCCUUCUUGCUCCCAAGGUUGUAUGAGCUCAUUACCAUGGCCCUGAGAAGCGGGGUGUACGUUCUGAUAAGAGGGAUGGUUUCUCUCUAUAGCAUGUUUCCCUUUUUUCUAACGAUAUAUCUUGUUCUUAACAUCUUGUUGAGUAAGCAAGAUAUUUGUGUUCCAAGUGAGAGCAGCUUGUAAGGGGCCUCCUAACCAGGGCUAGUUCCCUCCUUCUGCUGAGUUCUACAUUUCUACCUACCCUAUCAAAAAUAUGUCCUGUAUCCAACAAAGCUGAAGUCUAUUUCAGCCAGGAGAACACUCACAAAUGAAAAACAGCCAGAUCAGGUAUGCCCACAGCCUACUGUUCAAGUUUAGGACGUGACCUGGCAAGUCCUUCCGCGGUUUCCUGUGAGAUCUGACUUCUUCCCCAUUGACCCAUGGUGGCUCCUUGGCCACCCUCACACCAUUUCUACCUACUCAACUCAGGAUAGUCCCAAGGUUGGCACAAAGACGGACCAAUCAAUUGCUACCUGGUGGGAUUUGGGGAGAGAAGCAAGGCCUAACCACACGUCAGGCAUCGAACAGGGCCACCCAAGGCCGUUGCCCCGGGCAUGACCCUGACCUCCCCUAGUGGUUGAAGUGUCCUUGUUACCAGGCUGGAUGCAAGAGAGGCUGAGAUUUUCUCCCUGCUCAUUGGUCGGCUGAGAAGCGCCUCCGAGAAUACCUUGUUACUAGAGGAGAGAACAAGAGCCUAUUGGUCAGGACACUUCACAAAAGCCUGUCAGCGCGCAGGGUUCUGCCAAUUGGUUCCAUCCUGCCUCGAGAGCCCCCUGUCGGCUCAACCCGCAGCCGGUUGCUUGGCGCCUUGGAAUGAGCACUGCCUCGCCUACCCCUAUUCGCAUUGGCUGUUCCAUCAUCUAAUGAGGAGCUGAACGCAGAGCACUGGAGUGAGCGCUCACUGCGGUGGGAUCUCAAUGCGGGAGGGCCUGGGGAGGCUGCCCCUGCCCAAGCUGAGUGUAGAGGCCCCAGAGCCAGGCAUCUCUGCGGAGGACAGGCGUUACCCCUCAGGACUUGGCCUAGGCCACUUCCCUGGCCUCUCCUCAGGCGCUCUGCAUCUCCAACCUGCAACCUGACCUGAAUCCAGUAAGUUCCAAGCACGCACAUGGCGUGCAAACAUUCAGGGCCGACGGAGAGGGGAGUCCCUGUAUAUCCAGUCUGCAUCUCCUUGUACUUGUCCCAUGAAUCGUUUAUCCACCAUGUGUUCGACGGUUUAUUUAUAUGGCAUUCUGGGUCCAUCUGCAGCGCCCCCUGCCCAAAUCCUUACUUCUCUCCAACGUUGCCGGGAAAUCCCUUGCUCUAAAGAAUAAGGAUUGAGAACUGAACCGAGGAGUGGUGGAGGCGAAAGGGUGAAACCCCAGAGGGACGAUGUUCUACUAUCCCAACGUGCUUCAGCGCCACACUGGCUGCUUCGCCACUAUCUGGCUGGCAGCGACACGCGGCAGUCGGCUGGUGAAGCGCGAAUACCUGAAGGUGAACGUGGUGAAGACCUGCGAGGAAAUCGUCAAUUACUUGCUGGUACGAGUGCAACCCCCGCAGGCCGGCCUGCCACGGCCCCGCUUCUCCCUCUAUCUCUCAGCCCAGCUCCAGAUCGGCGUGAUCCGGGUCUACUCACAACAAUGCCAGUACCUCGUAGAGGACAUUCAGCACAUCCUGGAGCGUCUACACCGUGCCCAGCUGCAGAUCCGCAUAGAUAUGGUAGAGACUGACCUACCCAGCCUGCUGCUUCCUAACCGCCUGGCCAAGAUGGAGACCCUGGAAGAUGCUCCAGACCCCUUUUUUGGGAUGAUGUCUGUGGAUCCCAGACUUCCCAGCCCCUUUGAUAUCCCUCAGAUUCGACACCUUUUGGAGGCUGUGACGCCAGAGAGAAUUCUUGAGGAGACCCCUCCUGAAGUCCCUACAGAACCUAAGAAGCCAGACAGGGCCCUGGUCACUGUGGUAUCUCCUGAGGCCAUCACUCUCCGGGAAGCAGAGCCCAUACAAAUACUGCAGAUUGAGGGUGAACGGGACCUCCCAGAGGUUAGCCGCCGAGACUUAGACCUGCUCAUUGCUGAGGAAGAUGCAGCUAUCUUGUUGGAGGAACAAGUGUCCAAGGAGGAGCCCCGGGCCCUGGAAGUGGAAACUACAGUACCCCCACUCUCACCUCUAGCUCUUGCACAGGUGGAAGGGGCAGCAGAGCCACUUCCAGGCCAGGUCUUGGCCCCAGAGGAGCUGAAGCCGGCAGUCUGGGAGCCCGAGGCCCUGCUUGCUGAGGUGACACCCCCGCAGGAGCUGCGUCUCCCAGCCCCAAUCAGCCCAGAGCGGAGGAGGCCCCCCGUCUCCCCACCUGCUCGCCGCCUCCGUCGCCGCCGCCAGUUACUGUUUUGGGACACGGAAACUCAGAUCUCCCGGGAGAUGUUCCAGAAACAACUGCAACCCAAAGUUCACUGCUGGGAGUGUCCAAUGGUGCAGCCUCCUGAGAGGACCAUCAGAAGCCCUGCAGAGCUGUUCCAAACCCCAACUUACCCUGGCUGGCUACCCCCAGAACUGCUGACUUUCUGGACCCGCUGUGCUCAGCCACCCCCAAGAGCACUCAGGCGAAGGCCACCCCUGGAGCCUGAGGAGGAGGCUGCCGAGAGGGAGGCAGUGGCUGAGGAGGAAAGGAGAAAGGCUGAAAUUCCAAGUGAUAUUGAGGUCCUGAGGGAGGCCCAGGAGCCCAGUGGGCCCCUCAUGCUGUCUUCAGAGCUCUCCCUAGAAGCAAUUGAGGAGGAGAAGUCUCGCACCAUUCUCGCACCCCCGGAAGAGCGGUGGGCUUGGGCUGAGGCGGAACAGCCAGAGCCCCCUGCAUUGCCUGUGGUGCCUGAACUCCCUGAGGUGCCCAUGGAGAUACCUUUGGAGCUGCCCCCAGAGCCUGAGCUACUCUCACUCGAGGCCGUGCACAGGGCAGUGGCACUGGAGCUGCAGGCCAACAGGGAGCCAGAUUUCAAUAGCCUGGUGUCACCUCAUAACCCUCGCUGGAUGGCCGCCCGGGUCUUCUACCUGCUCCUGGUGCUCGCAAUGCAGCAGAUCCUUCGCAUUGAACAAGAGAAGCCUUAUGGGCACCUCCUGAUCCGGCCGGGGCCCCGAUUCCACUGCGGUUAGAGACAAUGUAGAAAGCUGCCAAGAAACCAGCUACAUCAAACCAUGUCCUGCCUCACUAGGCCCUGCCUGCCUUCUUUCUGAACGUGCAUCUCUAUCCUCCCCUGCUCUCAGAGCUACUGUUCAAGUAUAAAAUGAACUGCCUUUAUUACA